UCUGAGCUCGCGUGUCGCAAGAAAACCGUUGAGAGGCGAACGGUCCCGCGGGAAUAUUCUCUCACUGCGUGUGUAUGUGUUUUGGUGCGCCUCCCCAAUGAUGUAGAUUGAUGAAGAACGCCCGGGUUGCCCCCCUCUUUUCCGGGCAAGAUUUCUUCAUCUCUCUCCACGGAUCGACCCGCAAAUUCAUUAGACGCCUCUCUCAUCAUCUUGGUUCGUCUUGUUUUACGUGCAACAUCGGAUGCACGAGUUCUUGGGGUGUAGCAAAUUGCUUUUGAAUGGUUUUAGAGAGGAAGCGUCGUCAUCAUAGGUCUCCAAUUUUAUUGUUCCUCAGAACAUGAUGUCUUCUUGAGCUCGUUGAUGAGUCUAGCGUCUGGUCGGCUCCUCCAUGAUUUGUCUGGUUUAUCGAAAUAAAGGUGUAUUAUCUGUUUGAUUUCGUGUGGAAGGUUUCGCGGUUUGACUGAGAUUAGAAACUUACUUAUGCGGAUUUUGCCGGUCCUGUUCUGAACGGGUGAUGAAGGUUUUGUUAGCUGUAGUCGGAGAUUUGCAUAUGCUCACAAGGCCAUUGUCCUGAAGGAAAUGAAGCCUCGCGUCAGCUAUGCGAUCCUUACAUAGUUGGUUAGCUGGUAUCGAGAUUCAAAGUUCAUAUGGCCUAUUGAAUAGCAAGAUAUAAGAGCUUGGGAGAUGCGAGCUGUGGGGAGUAUAGGCAGGUACCUAUCGAAAGGGGUGUACAUUGUUUCUGGCCCCUUCCAUCCGUUCAGUGGAGCAGUGGACAUAAUCGUAGUCGAACAGCCUGAUGGUACUUUCAAAACCUCUCCUUGGUACGUCCGCCUUGGGAAAUUCCAAGGGGUUUUGAAGACAAAAGAGAAGAUUGUCAAAAUAUGCGUCAAUGGGGUUGAGGCGGACUUCCACAUGUAUCUGAACCAUAAAGGAGAAGCCUACUUCCUCAAGGAAGCAGACGAAGAAGAAGGGGAAUCAUAUGAGAAAUUUCCUUUGGGUGGAGAGAGGAGAGGGCAUUCACGGGUGAGGUCGGGAAGUCGCAGUUUUGAUUCUAAUGGGUCUAUUUUGAGUGAUGCAGGAAAUGAGAGCACUAUGGCCAGAAGUAGUUCUCGCCGAUUGCGAGCUUCUGGGCUUGUUUCAGGAUGCAGAUCGAUGACGACUGAUGGUCCCAGUAAACAAGAGGUCGGUGUUGGUGUCAUAAGGAGAGGCUCAUUAGAGCGCGCAGAGAUUGCAGCUCAACUUCUUGAGUUGAAUUGGUCGACAAAUUUUGCCUCUUUCAAGUUCAGGAAAACAUAUUCUCCUGCAUUUACUCCUGAUACUUUUGACAGUAAUAUUGUUAAUGUGGAUGAGGAGCCAAUCUGCAAGGAGUCCCCUGUCCAUAGUAAACCGAAAAGCAGUUUAACGGAUGGCCCAUCGCAUGAGGAAGCUACUUCUUGCAACAUGAGUGUGCAGCCUGUUGAAAAAACGGACUUCAUUGUCCAAUGUGCUAAUGGAAAGCUUUCAUAUUUGAAUGGCACCGCAGAGGGCAUUGCUACAUCCACUGGAGGCAGUCAUAUAUCCAAGGAGCAAACCUAUGGAGUUCAUUCCUUCACUGUUGAGACUUUGGAGAACUUAUGUGCCUCUAGUGAGCCAUCCAAAGAAAUAUUGCACCAUGAUAGCAGAGAAACCUGGGAUGUCCAUCCGGAAGCAGUACUGAUAAAUAACAAUAGCAUUGUUGAGGAAUUUAUGGGGAUGCGCCAUGGAGAUACUGUCACAAUACAGGAAACAUUUGAUCCAGUUGACAAUAGCAUUACAUAUGGUUCUGUCAAGCAAUCAGGAUCACCAAACAUCUGUAGCUUCUCCAUUAUCAGCGGCAGAAUUAGCCAAGCAGGUCAAAAUAGUUCUACUAAUGAAACAAGCAAGUUCCAACUCAGUUCGGAGACUGUGGACAAUACCAACGGGUCAUAUUGUGGUUUUCUUCUGACAAAAACCCCCAGUUUUCCACCAGAAGAUAAUUCAACUGGAGAAUUUCUUUUGAGCGGACUGGAUGCUGAGCAUGCUUCAAGGAUUUUUAAUGGUAUAGAUAGAGAUCAUACUUUACCCAAGCCGAAGUAUAGAAAAAAGAUGUUCAGGGCAAAGACCCCAACAUCUGAACAGGUGGCAUCGUUGCAUUUGAGGGAAGGGAGUAACACGAUUACCUUCACCUUCUCCACAGCAAUGCUAGGGAAGCAGCAGGUUGAUUGCAAAAUCUAUUUAUGGAAAUGGAAUGAUCGUAUUAUUAUUUCCGAUGUUGAUGGCACCAUUACCAAGUCUGAUGUUUUAGGGCAGUUCAUGCCUUUGGUUGGGGUAGAUUGGUCACAUAUAGGUGUUGCACGUCUCUUUUCGGCUAUUAAGGAAAAUGGAUAUCAAUUGCUUUUCCUCAGUGCGCGUUCCAUUUCUCAGGCUUAUCUGACUAGGCAAUUUCUAUUCAACCUCAAACAGGAUGGCAAUGCCUUACCAGAUGGACCUGUUGUUAUAUCUCCUGAUGGGAUUUUUCCUUCUUUAUUUCGAGAAGUUGUGAGGAGAUGUCCUCAUGAAUUUAAGAUAGCAUGCUUAGAGGAUAUCAAGUCAUUAUUUCCCUCAGAUUGCAAUCCUUUCUAUGCUGGUUUUGGAAACAGAGACACUGAUGAAAUCAGUUACCUCAAAGUUGGAAUACCAAAAGGAAAAAUUUUCAUAAUCAACCCCAAGGGUGAGGUUGCCGUGAACCGUCAUAUUAACACAAAGUCAUAUACAUCUAUUCAUGCUCUUGUUAAUGGCAUGUUUCCACCGAUGACCUCACGGUCCUCAUGUGAGCAGGAAGACUAUAACUCAUGGAACUUUUGGAAGCUGCCUUCUCCUGCUAUUGACAUAUGAAGUGGUGUUCCAUGCAUUUUAGAGGCAGAUCCAUCUGAUGUUAGCCAUCUCAUUGUUGAACUCCAGCAAUUUUUAUCUCAGGAACUACGGUGGAAGUUCAGUAUAAUAAGAAAUGGAAAAUCAAGAAUCAACCCGAAAUGGCAGUUAUAAGAUGAAUCACAGCGAAGAUCAGUUUAUGUGGCACCCUAUCUGGCAGUUACCUCUAUAGUAUACUUCCGUCUCAGAGCUUUCAGCUUCGCUCAUGUGAAUAAUCAUAACUGCAGGAUACACACGUCAAAAGUUGCUGGAAAAGAGCUGCACGUCUGUGUUACAUGCAGCCAUUCACGGGUUUGUCAUUUUGAUUGAUAGCUGCUUUCGCCUGACUGAGGUUCAUUUCGAUAUCCUCUAUUCACUGUCGUGGACUUUUCAAUGACCUAUCUGAUCUAAUCGUGUCCAAGGGGUAAGUUCCCUUUUGAGACUCAGCAUUCCAUUCAUGCACGCUUAGGAUGUACUUAUGUCAGUAGUUAAGCCUCACUAGUUCAACAUUCACGUUUGGCCCUAUCGUUGUUGAGAUCUUCAAAUAUGAGCACCUAAAAGUGGUAAGUUCUGUGUAAGACAAUUUCUUCUGUGUGCAAAAGCAUUGA